AUGGAACAGCAGUUGCAGCAAGCCCUUGACGCCACCAGUCGAACCAGCAGUCACACCUCACCAGAGGACCCAGUAGCGUCCAAUGUAGCCGACACUCGCCCCCAAAAUGACAACUCAUCAGAGAGCCUGGAUUUCAUGGAAUGCACAUCCAGCAGCGAAAGCCCAAGCGAAUGCGUCCAGGAAUCGGAGAGGCUCAAAUUACCGCCGCUGCAGGAGAUAGUUCCCGUUGUUGACGAAUUCUUCAGCAACUACAACACCAUUAUGCCGCUUUUCGACCAGCCAACGUUCAUGCGCAUGCUUUCCAAUUGGUACGUGCCGUCUUCUCCGCAGUCAACGGCUGUUUGGGCCGCUGUCAAUAUCGCAAUGGCACUUGGAUAUCGGUGUGCUCUCAAGCAGCCUGGAAACCUGGACGCCUUGGUCGACGAUCAAAAAGUACAGCACCACAUGCGAAACGUACAGUCAGUCGUGUCAGAAUUGGUCACACGAGAAGAGGAUCUUCUAGGCCUCCAGGUUCUGCUGGGCAUGGUUGUAUUAUUCCUUGGAACGAGAGAACCAAAGCCUGCAUCGGUUCUCAUAGGAACGGCCGUUCGCUUGGCCCAUCGCAUGCACCUCCAUGAUAAAGAAUCGUUACAAUCAUUCUCUCCUGAUAUUGCUCGACAGAGAACGAGGCUAUUCUGGAUGACAUACACCUUGGACAAGGACAUUAGUCUCAAGUCAACGACGCCUUCAUUCCAAAUGGAUAUCGAUAUAGACUUGCCUUUGCCGGAACAUAAUCCGGACGACGGAGCAGGGAUCAUGUGCGCGACAAAUGGCAGCAAAUUCAACUACUUCCGCGCACGAGUCGAGCUCAGCCACAUUUCCGGCAAGGUCUACGACCAGCUCUACAGCACCAGGUCACGAAAGAUCUCACCCCAAGAUCGGCAGAUGAGGGUUAUGAGACUCGAGAAUAUGCUGGAGAAUUGGCGUCUCAGCUUACCUCCCGAGUUCCAAAUGGACUCAGCACUGAGAUGCCUCGAUCCGCUGCCCGUGGUGCACAUGUCGCUACUUUACCACACGCAUUUCAUGGCUGUGACCAUGACGCACGGCGUGUAUUCAGAUAACGCGGACUGGGUCAAAAAGGUCAGCUUGUACAGCCGAUCAUUGAUGCAAGAUUUGGAUGCAGCACCCUCACCUUGCGGCAAGCAGAACCCUCCUCUGCCGCAAGGAUGGGCUAAGUGUGUCGAGCUGAGCCGCAGCUGUAUGAGGCUAUUUGCCGAUUCGCCAAAGACUGAUUGCAGUAUCUGGUCCAACUCAUGCGCACAUCUCUCCGGUCUGAUCAUCAUCCUGGCGAACAUGUUCGUCUGGCCAGACCACCAGCUUGUGGCGGCUGACAAUGAGCUAGCCAACCAGGCGCUUCAGCUUUUCGAACAGAUGCUCUCUGUGCAUAAGCAAGAGACUUUGCACCGAAUGCACGCAGUUGUAAAGGAGCUGCACCGGCGUGCGAUGGAGGCAGUGGAAGAGGCCAACGCAUUGAGGCGAGAAAAGCAGGCUGCGGCGACGGUAACGGAAGUGAGGGAUACCGACUUACCGUUCGGAACGCAAGUGGAAGAGGACGUGGACUUCCUGCAAGGAAUGGAAGCAACAGACAUAGAAGGAGCGCUGACGUCAAACCUCACGCCGGGCUCGAUGUUCUCAGCAACAUGGAACUUGAGCAACCUGGAAGGGUUGCAGGCCGACGUUGGCGAAGCGGGUAUGCCUACUGGGCUGAGGUACUAUUAG